AUGGAGGCGGGGGGCCGGGGCCGGGGCGCGGGGGCCCCCGCUCCGCUCCCGUCCCGGUCGUCGGCGCGGGCCCGGCCCGGCCCCCAGCGGCUCCUGCUGGCCUUCGCCCUGUCCGUCCUGGCGCUGCUGCUGCUGGCCGCGCUGGCCGCGCUGCUCAGCCUGCGCUUCGACCCCUGCGCCGCCCGGACCGGCCCGGCGGGGGACGGAGGAGGAGGAGGAGGAGGGGAAGAGCGGGAGCGAGGCACCCCGGGCGGGGACGGAGGGGAGCCGGAGCCGGAGCCGGAGCCGGAGCAGGGCGCCGCGGGAAGGCGGGAAACCGAGGCGGCGGCGGCCCCCGGGCCCCGCGUCCGGCUGCCCGCCCACCUGAAGCCCCUGCACUACCACCUGCUGCUGUCCGUCUUCAUGGGCAACUUCACCCUGUCCGGGGAGGUGAGCGUGGAGGUGUGGUGCCGCGGCGCCACGCGCCACGUGGUGCUGCACGCCUCGCGGGUGGCCGUGCACCGGGUGCGGGUGGCCGAGGACCGGGCGGCGGGGGCCGUGCCCGUGGCCCGCCACUUCCUGCAGCCCCGGGCCCAGCUGCUGGUCGUCGUCCUCCGCCGGCCCCUGGAGCCCCGGAGGACCUACAACCUGCACAUCGUCUACACCGCCCCCAUCGAGAACGAGCUGCUCGGCUUCUUCCGCACCUCCUACCUCGUCCACGGCGAGAGGAGGUUCCUUGGCGUUACGCAGUUCUCUCCUACGCAUGCCAGAAAGGCCUUACCUUGCUUUGAUGAGCCCAUCUACAAAGCUACUUUCAAAAUCAGCAUCAAGCAUCAAGCAACCUAUAUAUCUUUAUCCAAUAUGCCAGUGGAAACGUCCGUGAUAGAGGAAGAUGGAUGGGUUACGGAUCACUUUUCUCAAACCCCUCUCAUGUCCACGUAUUACUUAGCCUGGGCCGUGUGCAACUUCACAUUCCGAGAGACUACCACGAAGAGUGGAGUUAUAGUACGAUUAUAUGCAAGACCUGAUGCAGUAAGAAGAGGAUCUGGGGAUUAUGCUCUUCAUAUAACAAAGAGGCUUAUAGAGUUUUAUGAAGAUUACUUUAAAGUGCCCUAUUCCCUGCCUAAAUUAGAUCUUUUAGCUGUGCCUAAACACCCGUAUGCUGCUAUGGAGAACUGGGGACUAAGUGUUUUUGUGGAGCAGAGAAUACUACUGGACCCCAGUGUUUCUUCUAUUUCUUAUUUAUUGGACGUCACGAUGGUCAUCGUUCAUGAGAUAUGCCAUCAGUGGUUUGGCGACCUUGUGACUCCAGUUUGGUGGGAAGACGUAUGGCUGAAAGAAGGUUUUGCACACUACUUUGAAUUUAUUGGUACAGACUACCUCUACCCAGGCUGGAAUAUGGAAAAGCAGAGAUUUCUGACGGAUGUCCUACACGAAGUGAUGCUACUCGACGGUUUGGCCAGUUCACAUCCGGUAUCACAGGAAGUUCUGCAGGCGACAGACAUCGACAGGGUGUUUGACUGGAUCGCUUAUAAAAAGGGUGCAGCUUUAAUUAGGAUGGUUGCCAAUUUUAUGGGCCAUUCCCUGUUUCAGCGGGGCUUACAGGACUAUUUAACCAUCCAUAAAUACGGUAAUGCUGCCAGAAAUGAUCUUUGGAAUGCACUGUCGGAGGCUUUAAGAAGGAAUGGAAAAUAUGUAAAUAUCCAAGAAGUAAUGGAUCAGUGGACACUCCAGAUGGGCUAUCCUGUUGUCACCAUCUUGGGAAAUGAAACAGCAGAUAAUAUCAUAACAAUUACCCAACAACACUUUAUCUAUGACAUCAGUGCUAAAAUCAAGGAUCCCGACCUUGGAAAUAGCAGCUACCUGUGGCAGAUUCCAUUAACAAUUGCAGUAGGAAAUGCAAGUCACAUCUCAUCAGAAACAAUUAUAUGGGUGUCUAACAAAUCAGAAAAUCACAUAAUCUCUUCUCUGAAGAAAGGAAACUGGUUACUGGGGAACAUUAAUCAAACUGGCUAUUUUAGGGUCAACUAUGACCUAAGAAAUUGGAGAUUAUUAAUUAACCAACUAAUAAGGAACCAUGAGGUUCUCUCCAUCAGUAACCGAGCGGGUUUGAUCGAUGACGCCUUCAAUCUCGCCAGAGCUGGCUACUUGCCUCAGAAUAUUCCUCUGGAGAUUAUCAGAUACCUUUCUGAGGAGAAGGAUUUUCUUCCUUGGCACGCUGCCAGUCGAGCCCUUUAUCCUCUAGAUAAAUUACUGGAUCGCACGGAGAACUACAAUGUCUUCAAUGAAUAUAUUUUAAAGCAAGUCGCAUCAAUGUACAUCAAGCUUGGAUGGCCAACGAACCAUUUAAAUGGAUCCCUUGUUCAGUCAUCCUACCAACAUGAAGAGUUACGCAGAGAAGUCAUCAUGCUGGCCUGUAGUUUUGGCAGCAAGCACUGUCAUCAACAGGCUUCAACUCUCAUCUCCGACUGGAUUUCCAGCAACAGGAACAGAAUUCCUCUGAAUGUCAGAGACAUCGUCUACUGUACAGGAGUUUCUCUCCUGGAUGAAGAUGUAUGGGAGUUCAUUUGGAUGAAAUUCCAUUCAACCACAGCAGUAUCGGAGAAGAAAAUACUGUUGGAGGCCUUAACUUGCAGUGAUGAUAGAAAUUUGUUAAAUAGACUUCUGAACCUGUCUCUGAACUCGGAAGUGGUUUUGGAUCAAGAUGCGAUCGACGUCAUAAUCCACGUAGCUCGAAAUCCACACGGCAGGGAUCUUGCCUGGAAGUUUUUCAGGGAGAAAUGGAAGAUAUUAAAUACCAGAUACGGAGAAGCAUUAUUUAUGAAUUCCAAACUUAUCAGUGGAGUUACAGAAUUUCUGAAUACUGAAGGUGAACUCAGUGAGCUAAAGACCUUUAUGAAGAGCUACGAAGGAGGAGCUGCUGCUUCUUUUUCACGGGCUGUGGAAACAGUAGAAGCUAACGUACGAUGGAAGAUGUUUUACAAAGAGGAGCUUUUCCAGUGGCUAGGAACAGCCCUGACACACUGAGUUCUUACAAACAGUUCAGCACAAAGUGUUGCGAAAGAAGAGGCAUCACCGAGAGUGCUGGGAGAGUCCGGUAUCAGAAUGACAAAGAUGAGAUCGGAUUUUCAGGGUGUUUUGUGGGAGCGGGUUUUUCUUGGGUGGAUUGGGUUUUUUUUUUUUCCACCUUGCCCUCUGUAACCUGGAAAGAAACUCUUGAAAGUGGAGGCAGGGGUGUUUGAUUCAGCUUUCCGGCCUCACUGUAAAGGACCAAAUAUAUUUAGUGGCGCAUGUCUGUGUUUCCGUCUGGGGAAAGAGUAUUUUAUGCAUGGUCGUACGGUCCUGCUCGUAUUGCAGCAUGCUCACUUAACGAUGUUCACGUUUUGUAUGCAGAUUUCUGUUCUAUCAAGGAUGGGCAUUAUGAAAAAGCACAAAGAAGAUCUGUGACAAUCAGUGUUGUAAAGCAAGAGGAAAUGGAAAGGGAAAUCUAUCAGACUCCAAACACUGGGGCAGUAUAAUCUAAUGGAUAAUAAAUCAGCACUUGGAUUGUCUAUCAAUUAUUAUUGAGAUGCCAACUCUUGUUCUUUGGGUUCAAAUGAUGUAUACAUAAAAUAUAUAUAAGUUCUGGAUACAUAUACGUUUGUGGGAAAACACCCCAAACACAGUAUAUAUUGCACAGUAUGUACACGUGCGAAAGAGUGAACUUCUUCUGAUCAGUGGAACUGUCAUCACUAUUCACAAAUUUUACAUUAAAUUUUGAAAGUAUCCCAGGUGAUGAGGCUGAAAAAUGACUCCUCCAACCUCAUGUGGUUGAUUCUUAUGGAAUGAGAGGUCUUAUUUUGGUUCAAAGUCAUGAAGUAGAAACAAAUCAGAUUGUCAAGUAAGACAUUCCCUAUAAUGAAAUAAUGGAAUGCAUGUUAAUAGGAGUGCUUUAGAGAGUUUGUCCACAAACAUAAUCUCUGUCCAACCCAAACAUCAGGCAUUAUUUUAAUCAAUGCUUACAUUUUGUAAAACAUAUAUACAUAUUUCUAUUGGUCAAUGCUGAGAGUCUGAAUGUUCUGAUUUAAUUUAUUUCCUUGUGUUUCACUCUAAGUAGCCAAGGUAUGUUGUGUGCAGUACAUGUGAGUGUGUGUUUAUGUGUGUGUGUGUGUGUGUUAAUUCUCCAUUAGGCAAAAUAUCUCAGUGAAUCUGUUAAUGUUUAAUGAUCUUCUACACCGAUUGUGCCAUCUUUUAAGAGUGAAGGUGUCUUCUUUGUUAAUAAGUGAAGUUUUUCAUUGGCCUAAAAUUGGCCAUCCAGCCCAAAUUUGCGGCCAUCCUUUUGGCAGUGGAAGAGUAUGUGAAGGAGAGGUUGGUAGCGAAGUGUGAUAGGGAAGUGGGGAUGGAGAGGAUAUCUCUACUUCAAAUAAUACUAUCCAAGCAAAAUGUUGGUUGCCCAAACUCCACCUAGAUGUCGGUGUACAAAUCUGGGCAUUUUUCAGCUUCUUGGUGGCAAACACCAAGCUAAUACGUUCUCUAGCAAAUUCCAGUUACAUUUAUUGUUUGUAGAUUGUUCCCUUUGUAAUGUUUUCCAUCUUUCCAGAUCUCGUUGCCGGCCAUUAAACAAAUGUCAGUAUCUGACUAAUUACUAUUCAAAACACAAAGAUUAAUGAAUGAGAUUUGAAGUUCCUAAAAAAGUGGAGACAGUCCCCCGAGCGUGUUAUAAAGCAUUCGUUCAAAGUUCAAUUUUUAACGUCUCUCACCACCCCCAGCUGAAUUUUUCAACGCUGUUCAUUUAUGAAAUACACACUGGUUUUAAAUGCUUAUCUUGGAGAACCCCAGUACAGUAUAAGGAAGCCUUUUUGACAUAAUGUGCCAACUGUCUUAAAAAUCAGCAUAUCAAUUUGAAGUCGUGUCCAAAAGAAGAUGUGAGAUGUAAGCUUUCUAUUCCAACCACUCUAUUUACCCCCAAUCUGAGCAUUUGCAAAUGAUUUGAUUAGUGACUUAUCAAAUACAUUCCUUAGGGAGAAUAGGCCAUUAAUUUCAAUCUAUUGAAUAUGUUGGUGUAAUUAUUUUGUAUUAAUUUUGGUAAUAAAUUAGGAUGUGAUCAUAAUUUACUACCAAAAGAAGAAUGCAAUGGAAAUAGUCAAAACUUCUUUUAAAAAUUUUGUGAAAUGAAUGAUACAGAAUGCAUUCAUUAGUAGUAAUGGAAUCGUAAUGAAUAAUUUUUCUUUUUAAUUGGAGUGAAAUAGCGCAUAUUAGUUUCUCUUUUGGUAUUUUAGUUGCCCAUUAAGUAGCCUAGCGUCUUUGAGAAAUUGUUUAACCACAAAGUAUCAAGUCUGCGGUGUGUACUUGUUUGGACGAAUAAUGCCUAUUUUAACGUCUUCUGAUCAUCGUUCUGCCUUAGAGUUAUGACAGUAGCAUUUCUCUAGUUAAGGUCAUAAUUCUGUCAAAAUACCCAAUUUCAUUCACUUAGCAUCACAAUCCACCAGGGUUCACCUUCUUGGCGAUUUAAAAUCAAUACGGUAUGUUCAAUUAAAAAUGAACAAAGGACUCCCUUCUGGAAAAUUCUUGUAAAAUAAUACAUUUAAGCGUUUUUCAUUUUUUUUUCACUCUAUUUCCUUAUGUCCUGUUUGACAAAUAGUGUUUUCAUGAAAAUAUGGAUUGUUAGUUUUGUUCACUGUUUAUGUGUAAACUAAAUGAUUUCUCCUUGUCAUCAUAAUCUAUUAUGCACCGACAUAUUUUGAAAUCAUGAAAAGAGAACUGAAAUGUGUUGGAUAAUAUGUAAUUGGCAUUUUUAAUUACUUUUAAACUUUCCUAAUUUCUAAGCCUCAAGUCCAUAAAGGCACUUGAACUUUAUUAUCCUGAUUUUUUUUCUCUGCUAUCUCAAGAUUGUGAAUUUAGUACUGUGGCGGUGUAAACAGCAACAAUUUUAUAGAAAAUUCACAAAUGUUGUGGUGUAUUCGGCAAUAUGGUAUAAAGUAGCUUAAACUACUUCAACCCUAUAAAACAUUUGAAGCAGUUUACAAAUGCAGCAGGUCAGAGUUACUGAGAAUGCAGUGUUAGAUUUUCCGAUGAUACUAAUUCAUGAAAUGCUUUAGUCUCACAGAAAGUUCUCCAGAUACUGUUUCUGCAAGUAUUUGUGACUGUAAUGAUGAUAAUAUACUUCAAGGAAGAGUACGCCAUUCUGUAGCAAUGGUAUUAAAAUUAAAUAUAUAAAUAAUAAUGAUGGCAUGUGUUAA